UGACCAUAACCCAUCAUCUGUCCCAUUUACAUAUGUGGUUGGUGGGUUGGUCUUCGCACCCUCUCUCUCCGCCCGAACGGGAGAAAGAAUAGUUGUCUUCUCCGCCGUCUCUCUCCCAUUCUUGUUCUCUUCUCCUCAAAGGGGUCGCCUGAGAUCACAUAAAAAAUGGUGAAGGCUGUUGCUGUACUUGGUGGCAGUGAGGGUGUCAAAGGCACUGUUUACUUCACCCAAGAAGGAGAUGGUCCAACAACAGUGACUGGAAGCCUCUCUGGCCUCAAACCUGGGCUUCAUGGCUUCCAUGUUCAUGCCCUUGGUGACACUACUAAUGGCUGCAUGUCCACUGGACCACAUUUCAAUCCUGCUGGACAUGAACAUGGGGCACCUGAAGAUGAGAUCCGCCAUGCUGGUGAUCUUGGAAAUGUGACUGCUGGUGAUGAUGGUACUGUUAAUUUUACCAUUAUUGACAGCAAGAUUCCACUGUCUGGAUCAAAUUCGAUUAUUGGAAGGGCUGUAGUGGUCCAUGCUGAUCCUGAUGAUCUUGGAAAAGGUGGACACGAGCUGAGCAAGAGCACUGGAAAUGCUGGUGGAAGAGUUGCUUGUGGCAUUAUUGGACUGCAGGCCUAAAUGUCUUGUUCUGGAUUUCUCGUCGGUUUGAGUUGGAACAGUCUUAUCAUGUACUUGAAGCGCUAGCUGACGUUUCCUUUCCCACAUGCUGGGAAGACACGCUUAUGUUGAAUAAGAAACCUUAUCUGAGUGUUUUGGCAUCUUUAAGCAGCUGCUACCAUGAAUCUUUUUCAAGUAUUUCAUUCUUGCUUCUUCCUUUCUGCCCAAUGUUUCAUAACAGUGUGUGCGCCAAAGCGUUAAAGCUUUCAGAAACUGGUCUGAACGACUAGAUCCGUUCUACGUAUAUUUUGCUUUAAUUUGGAAUCAUAGAUGUGGUAAGCUUUCAAAUCAGAUGCUGUAACUAGUAACCACAAAUUUUGUGCACGAACAAAUUUGCUGGCUGAAUC